AACAAGACCUUCAAUCAUCCCUUUUGGAAUCUCUGUUCAACUCCAUCAUCGUUAGUUAAUCUCUCGUUCCUUCAAUCAUUUCAUCCUUCUUAUCCAAGACCCAGAUGCCCAAACUCAGUUUUAACUUCAUUAAAGCACUAAAGUCUUCACCUUUUUGAUGUGAGGAGGAGUAAUCAAUAAUGGGUUGUUUUCAUUCCAAGACUAGACAUCUUUCAUCUCCUGACCAGGAGCCUCCUCCACCAGAAGCAAAGCCAGAUCUAACUACUGUAGAAACUGAUGAAGAAGACCAAGUGCCUCCAUUUAAAGAGUACUCCUUGUCGGAGCUUCGAGCAGCUACAAAUGGGUUUAGUAGCGAUCUCAUAGUGUCUGAGAGUGGAGAAAAGGCUCCCAAUGUGGUUUACAGAGGCAAGCUCAAGAACAGCCGAUUAGUGGCUAUUAAGCGGUUUUCGAGGCUUUCUUGGCCCGACCCUCAACAGUUUGUGACUGAAGCUGCUGGUCUUGGCAAGGUCAGGCACAAGAGAGUUGUUAACUUGAUUGGCUGCUGCGCUGAAGGCGAUGAGCGUUUGUUGAUGGCAGAGUACAUGCCUAAUGAUACUCUAUCUAAGCAUCUGUUCCACUGGGAGAAACAGCCUUUACCGUGGGAAAUGCGAGUCAGAGUUGCAUACUAUAUUGCACAAGCACUUGAUCAUUGCAGCGCUCAGGACCGUAAAAUCUAUCAUGAUCUAAAUGCUUACCGGGUACUUUUUGAUGAGGAUGGCGACCCUCGAUUAUCUAGCUUUGGCAUGAUGAAAAAUAGUCGAGAUGGAAAAAGCUACAGCACAAACUUGGCUUACACUCCUCCAGAGUUUUUGCGGACAGGUAGGGUCAUUCCAGAGAGUGUGAUCUACAGUUAUGGAACUGUGCUGCUGGACCUUUUGAGUGGAAAACACAUCCCUCCAAGCCAUGCAUUAGAUUUGAUAAGGGGAAAGAAUGUAUUGUUAUUAAUGGAUUCAUCCCUGGAAGGACAAUACGCAAAUGAAGAUGCAACCGAAUUAGUUGAGCUGGCCUCUAAGUGUCUUCAGUACGAGGCUAGGGAUCGACCUGAUAUUAAAUUUCUCCUUUCAGCUGUGGCACCCCUUCAAAAGCAGACAGAGGUUGCAUCUCAUGUUCUUCUGGGUCUUCCAAAAACUCCAGUAGUGCCACAAACCAUUCUUUCUCCACUUGGAAAGGCUUGUGCAAGGAUGGAUCUUACUGCAGUGCAUGAUAUUUUGCUCAAAACAGGUUAUAAGGAUGAAGAAGGUGCAGAAAAUGAGCUAUCAUUUCAAGAGUGGACACAGCAAGUGCAAGAUAUGUUGAAUACGAAGAAAUUUGGGGAUAUUGCUUUUAGGGACAAGGAUUUUAAGAAUGCUAUUGAGUAUUACUCUAAGUUGGUAUCGAUGAUGUCUGUUCCAUCUGGUACCGUCUUUGUUAGGAGAGCUCUCUCAUACUUGAUGAUUGGCCAACCAGAACUUGCCCUGAGAGACGCCAUGCAAGCUCAGGUGUGCUUGCCUGAGUGGCCCACUGCCUUCUACAUGCAAGCUCUUGCCUUGUCCAAGCUCGGAAUGGACAGUGAUGCUCAGGACAUGCUUAACGAUGGAGCCUCGUUCGAAGCAAAGAAACAGAACAGCUGGCGCAUUUAAAACAGUGAACUAUUGCCAAUCUUACAUUAUCCGGGUGCGGCUCUCUAUCCAUUUCCACCAUGGAAACGCCAUUGGAGGUGAAGAUGAAUGCGGAAUUAGACUAGAUUUCAUGUGCAGUGAGGGUUAUUUUCAGUUGAUGCCCCCUUCCAUCAUUGGCAGAAUAUAUUCAUACAGAGUGAAAUGUAUAAAUGAUUGGUGAUAGCAAAAAUAAGUAGAGAAUAACCCACUAACCAUUAUGAGUUCUUAAUGUGCUUGUGUGCUUCCAUUGUUGUAUUGUGCUGAAGCCUGAAAGAGUGAUUGUAACAACGAAGUACAUUUAUGUAUGCGGGGAUUCAUUUGCAUCCUGAGCCUUAAAUUAACUUUCUUGUCUAAAAGUUUGUGA